AGAAGGAUCUCGACCUGAAAUGUCGCCUUUUCCUUCGCUCCAUAGAUGCUGCCUCACCUGCUGAGUUUCUCCAGCUUUUUUGUCUACCUUUGAAACAGUGAGAGUGGGUCGACUGGGAGUUGCAGCUGUGAACAUAUCUUUUCCAUUUGCCUAUGUGUGUGUGUGUGUUUUCAGACGGCCUUCUGUUUUUAUUUGCAUCUUGCUUUGCAUGUUGCUGGCUUUCAUUUGACUUGGAGGUGGGAGCUGGCUAUAAAAAAAGAUUCUUUUGUUUAUACCCAUCCUGGGAUCGUUGGUCGUGAGUCUCUCUGCCCUUGCCAACUUGCUGCGAGGAGCCUUCGGCACGACUUGCUUAUCUGAGAAUGGCUGGAGCGUUACUCCCUGCGAUCGAGGUGAAACCAUUCCUGGUUCAUGGAGAGAAGUUCAUUAAAUGGGACGAUGAGACUGGAGCUGGAUCGCCGGUGGUUAUGCGCAUGGAUUCACAUGGACACUUCCUCUACUGGACCUACCAGAACAAGCAAGUGGACCACCUGGCUUUAACAGGCAUCCGUGACACGAGGGUCGGGAAAUAUGCCAGAGUCCCCAAGAAUCCUAAAAUCCGGGAGAUUUUCGACGUGGCCAACCCUGAGUCGAACUUCUACUCCAAGUGCCUGACUGUGGUGUCGGGCCCCGACUUCCCCAACCUGACCUUUGACAAUUUUGUUGCUUUCAAGCCCAACGUGGUGAAGGACUGGGCAGCGGAAGUGCUGAAAAUCGCCAUCCACCCUCUGACCCACAAUGGUUCACGUUUGUUCACGAUCCACAAAAUGUACUCAAAGAUAAAAUUAUUUGUGAACGAAGAGAAAAAAAUUCCAGUGAAAAAUGUUUACCAGAUGUUCGCAGCAGACAGGAAACGGGUGGAGGCCGCUCUUACUGCCUGUAAUCUCCCGAGUCAGAAGACGGACAUGAUCAACCCUGAUGAUUUUACAGAACUGGUCUUCAAGCAGUUUAUCACACACUUGUGCCCUCGGCCUGAGAUUGACCAGAUCUUCCAAUUAAUGGAUGUGAUGGUGAAGCCGUACUUGACUCAACAAAAGAUGUCCACGUUUAUAAAUGAGACGCAGAGAGAUGCUCGGCUGAAUAAUUUUCUUUUUCCAUUAGUUCAACCUGAACAAACGCAGAAGCUGAUUGAGAAAUAUGAGCUGAACAGAGUGAAUGCAAAUAAGGGCCACAUGUCGCUGGAGGGACUUUGCUGGUACCUGUCCGGCCCGGAAAACAGCCUGAUAUUCCCGGAGAGGCUGACUGUGUACCAGGAUAUGUCGCAGCCCCUGCCGCAUUACUUCAUCAAUUCCUCCCACAACACCUACCUCACCGCUGGGCAGUUCUCCGGGAUUUCCUCCCCGGAGAUGUACCGGCAGGUCCUCCUAGCCGGGUGUCGCUGUUUGGAGCUCGACUGCUGGAAAGGACGACCGCCAGAUGAGGAGCCAAUCAUUACGCACGGUUACACCAUGACAACGGAAAUUCUCUUCAAGGAUGUCAUCGAGGCUAUUGCGGAGAGUGCGUUCAAAACAUCACAGUACCCAGUCAUCCUGUCCUUCGAAAACCACGUGGACUCCCCAAAGCAGCAAGCCAAGAUGGCCGACUACUGCAGGACAAUAUUUGGUGACAUGUUGCUGACAGAGCCCUUGGAGAAAUAUCCACUGAAAGCUGGAUCUCCCGUCCCCAGCCCCCAGGAGCUGCUGGGCAAGAUCCUCAUCAAGAACAAGAAGAAUCAGGUUGCUGACAACAGGUGCCAGGAGAUGAAGAGGAGGAAGAGCAUGGACUCCGUGGCUGAGGAGGCAGCGUCCGGGGAAACAUCGCAGACAGGUGAAACUGAAGAGCAGUGUGAAAAUGAGGAGGAGCAGGAGCCCAUUGAUCAGGAAGACGAGGAAGAACAUAAGAAGAAUGCAUCCGAUGAGGGGACUGCUGGUCAGGAAGUGAGAGCAUAUGCGGAGAUGUCUAGUCUGGUGAACUACAUUCAGCCCGUGAAGUUUGACUCUUUUGAGCUCUCCAAGGAAAGAAAUCGAUCUUACAUCAUCUCAUCCUUCACCGAGACCAAAGCGCUGGACAUGCUCAUCAAAUUUUGCCUUGAUUUUGUUGAAUACAACAAGAGACAAAUGAGUCGCAUUUACCCCAAGGGGACGAGAAUGGAUUCCUCAAACUACAUGCCUCAUGUCUUCUGGAAUACUGGCUGUCAGAUGGUGGCUCUGAACUUCCAGACAUCAGAUAUCCCCAUGCAGCUAAACAAUUCAUGCUUCGAGUUCAAUGGUCGUUGUGGCUACAUUCUGAAGCAUAAACUGCUGCGAUGCCUGGACAAGAAGUUUGACCCUUUCACCGAAGAUCAGAUAGAUGUGAUCGCACCAAGCACGUUGUCCAUUUUGGUUAAAUCAGGGCAGUUUCUGUCGGAUCGGAACUGUAAAUUCUAUGUUGAAGUGGAAUUGUUUGGGCUUCCAAAUGACCCUCGGCAGAAGUUCAGGACCAAGUUGACCUGUGAGCAAAAUGCCAUCAACCCUCAGUGGAGGGAUGAGGACCCAUUUGUUUUUGAAAAGAUCCUGGUGCCGGAAAUGGCUUUUGUACGGAUCGCCACUUUUGAAGAAAGUGGAAAAUUCAUUGGGCACAGGAUUCUUCCAGUUACUGCUGUCCAAACAGGCUAUCACCAUGUCGGUCUGCGCAAUGAGACCAACCAGCUGCUCACCAUGCCGACCCUGUUCGUUUAUAUCGAAGUGGGAGACUACAUACCUCACACCUGGGCAGAUCUAAACAAGGCUUUGGCUGACCCAAUACACUUUGUCCGUACAAUGACUGCACAACAGGACCAGAGUUCAUAUGCUGAUGAGGUUGUCUCUGAGGAUAACGUACAGAUACAACAGAGCGGCAACGAGGCAUCGGACUCCACUGAAGCAUGCAAUCCCUACAACCCUACCAGCUCGGACCUUGAGGAAUCUUGCAAGAAUGCCAUCGAACCGUUGACCACUUCUGAGCUGAAGACACAGAAAGCGUUUAUCAAAAUGCAGAGGAAGCACGAGAAAGAGCUGAAGGAACUGGAGAAGAAGUUUCAGAAGAAGAGGAGUGAAGUGAUGCAGAAAUAUUCCGGCAUUUUAGCUGAGCAAUGCAAGGGAAAACAAACGAUUAACAAAUCCGUCAAGAAAAAAUGGAAUGUCUGUAAUGCUCCCGAGAGCACGCUCAGCAAUGCUUCAAUGACCGGUGGGCCAGAGGCCGAGAAAUGCAGUGAGCUCAGGGACAACAUGGAAUCAGAUUUAAUGCAAGUGCAUGCAGACCACUACGAACUCAUGCGGACCAAGAAGGAGCAACACAUCGCUAAGCAAAUGAUCAAAAUGGUGGAGUUAGCAAAGGAAAAGCAAGCUGUUGAACUGAAAAAUUUGAAGGAUUCAGCUGAAAGUGAAAUGAAAGAAUUGAAGAGAAAGUUGGAGCUGAAACGUCUGGAGAAGAUUGAGACGAUGAUUAAAACUACAGCAGACAAGAUUGUCCGGGAUAGGCGCAAGAAAGAGAUCAUUGAGCUCCACAUUCAAGUGUCGGUGAAAGAAUUCAAGCUGGCUUUAAUGAGCCAGUCGAAGAAUGAAAGCAAACUCCAGGAAAAACAUGCAGGUGAUUUUGAAGAAAUUAACGAAAAGGAAAAACAGUACCAGCUGGAGGCCCAGGAUGAGUACGAGGCAAACAUGAAGGCCUUACCUCACGAGGUAUUGGAGCUGAUCAAGUCGAUGUUAAACACUAAGUUCACGGAUGACCCGGAGAGAGUGGUGUAUGAAGGGAAAGAUCUGGCAGGAACAGCACCAUGUGACUCAUCACCCACAUUGACUGAUACAGAGGACACAGUUUCUGUGGUGACUCGGAAAGAUAAUGUUAGGUUAUAAUUAUAAUUUAAUAUUGAACUACCAGUGGUAUCUGGUUAGAUAUGGUCCACGUGUGAAGUGGUAGCACUAGAUUGACUAGCAGGGAGUCCAGCUGUUUUUAGUGUGUUUUACUGGCAUAAAGUGGCACCUGUUCAUUUAUCUUGUAUGGUAGUUUACAGGAGGUGACAUACGCUUUGUUAAGAUACUUAUAUUCAAGUGGAGAUUGGACUGGCUUUGGAAAACUGCAACCUUGUUCUGUCAAUUUCGUAAUGUUCCUCUUUCCAUAUAUUUAGUAUGUUCUUGUCCAUUUAGUCAAUAAUCUAAUUCAGUGCAGAAACAGGCCCUUCGGCCCACUGAGUCCGCACCGACCAGCGAUCCCCGCACAUUAACACUAUCUUACACACACUAGGGACAAUUUACACCUAUACCAAGCCCAUUAACCUACAAACCUGCACGUCUUUGGAGUGUGGGAGAAAACCGAAGAUUUCGGAGAAAACCCAUGCAGUCACAGGGAGAGCAUACAAACUCCGUACAGACAACAGCCAUAGUCGGGAUCGAUGCCAGGUCUUCGGCGCUUUUCGCAAGCGCUGUAAGGCAACAACUCUCCUGCUGCGCCACCGUGCCGCCCUAGGGCUCAUGUCUAGGGAACUAUAUUCUCAUUUUGCCCUUUAAUGCUGGUACAGUAAGGUCACACAAAUUAGUAGGAAAGUUAUUUUAUUAUAUCAUGGAUAUUACAGUAGAUUUACAAAUGUAAUAAAUUGGAACAUUUGGGCAACCAGUACUGCUUUGUCUGUCAGGAAGAACACUAGAUGGAAUGGGAAAAGGCAGAGAAAUUGAAUUAUGAAGAGGUGCUUUUCUUGGAGAAAAGGCAUGGGGUGAAAGGUCAAAAGGUUCCUUUUGUGCUCAGUGAAUUAACUACCAUACAAGAUGCUACAGCCAAUCUCUUUGAGGUUCAUUAUCAGUUAAUCAGUUAAUUUCCUUUGUAUCUUAUAACAUGAAACUAUUUCUUAUUUACUGAGUGGGCUUUAAGCUUUGAUUUCUAGGUCACAUUAGACAUUAUAAGUAGAAUGUUGUUGACUAGUCAUCACUGACAGAGCCAUCAGUGUCUGAGGAUAUUUAGCGCUAGGGCUAUGAUGUUCUCUCCUGCAGGGAGAUAACUAGAUGAAGCUGCAUAUUGCACUAGGGAGGCUGAACUAUACAUAGAUGCUCGUUUGCAGAUAUCAUGGCACGACUGACUAUAAAACAUACAAUAGACACAUGCUUCCAACUUAGUUUGCUGAGGCUCCGUAAAAUCACCUGGUUAUGAAAUAUUUUGAUGAUUUUCUUAAUAUUGGAGUUUGAAUCAUUGUUGCAAAUGCUUUUGGCAAUAAAAUCUGAUUCUGAUAUGUGUGUAGAAUUUUUAAAUUUUUAUUAAACAUCGUGACCGCACGUGGGCCUGUCAAUGCGAGCUCAUAUCUUUUGCCAGAAAAUGGAUUAACCUGAAAUUUGGCGUUUAUUUCAACUGACUUGUUCAGUUCAGAAUAUGGGCAGGUGGUGGAUACAGAGGAAGGAGGCAAGUGGUGGAUUUAGGCAGUGAUUAUGCCCAAUUACAUGUUUAAGAAGGAACUGCAGAUGCUGGAAAAUCGAAGGUACACAAAAAUGCUGGAGAAACUCAGCGGGUGAGGCAGCAUCUAUGGAGCGAAGAAAAUAGGCAAUGUUU